UUAUACUCAUCAACAGAUAUCGCCCCCUCACUGUUAAAUGUAGCAUACAGUACUUUUUUUUUUUUUCCGAGCAGAUGUGCAAACUAUUUGCCUUUCCACUGGUUGUUAAACACUUGCGCUGCUGAAUAUCCGGUUCGUUCGGGAUAGCCUACUAAUAUUGUUUCCCCAGCCCUUCACUCUCACUCCGCCCACUUCUGAUUUUCAUGCAGCAGGAAAAAGACGUUUCCUUUUCGGAAUCGAGAAAGAGCUGAACUAUGACUCGCCGUGUGGCCAUUAUUGGAGGAGGGACUUCAGGUCUGGCCUGUAUCAAGUGCUGUCUGGAUGAGGGGCUGGAGCCUGUCUGCUAUGAAAGCAGCGAUGACAUUGGUGGUCUGUGGAGGUUUAAGGAGAAUCCAGAGCCAGACAGGGCCAGCAUCUACCACUCUGUCAUCAUCAACACCUCCAAGGAGAUGAUGUGUUUCAGUGACUUCCCCAUCCCUGCACACUUCCCAAACUACAUGCACAACUCCCUCAUCAUGGAGUACUUUCGGAUGUAUGCUGACCACUUCCAGCUUACCAAGCACAUCCGCUUCAAUACCAAAGUAUUGCAGGUGAGGCAGAGAUCUGAUUUUACUCAUUCAGGCCAGUGGGAUGUUGAGACAGAGAACCAGGAUGGCAAAAAGGAGAAACACAUUUUUGAUGCUGUGAUGAUCUGUAUUGGACAUCACUGCCACCCCAACUUGCCGCUACAUGACUUCCCAGGAAUUGACACUUUCGAGGGAAAGUAUUUCCACAGCAGAGACUACAAGACUCCUGAGGAGUGGAGGAAUAAAAAGGCUGUGGUUAUUGGAAUAGGAAACUCUGGAGGAGACAUCGCCGUGGAACUGAGCAGAGUCACCAAGCAGCUCUACCUCAGUACCCGAAGAGGAGCCUGGAUUCUGAACCGAGUUGGGGCUAAUGGGCUUCCCCUUGAUUUGCAUUUUAACAGAGUGCUAGAUUUUUUGCAGCUCAUCCUUCCCUUUGGUGUUUAUAGUGGUCUAGCAGAGAGACAGCUCAACCAAAGAUUUGAUCACGCUCUGUACAAUCUUAAGCCAAAGCACAGGUUGUUCAGCCAACAUCCCACAGUGAAUGAUGAACUUCCCAACCGCAUCCUAUCUGGAACAGUUCAGGUGAAACCCAACAUCCGCAGGUUUCAGGGGUCCAGUGUGGAGUUUGAAGAUGGAAGUGUCGUGGAAGAUGUCGACCUGGUGGUGUUUGCCACAGGUUACAGGUUUUCCUUUCCAUUCCUGGCCUCCAAUGUGACCUCAGUUUCUGGAAACAAAGCAUCUCUGUACAAGUAUGUGUUUCCUCCUGAGUUGGAACGGUCCACUCUGGCUAUCAUUGGUCUAGUGCAGCCACUCGGAGCCAUUAUGCCCAUAUCUGAGAUGCAGGCCAGAUGGGCCACGCGUGUCUUUAAAGGCUGCAUCAAGCUUCCCUCAGUGGCUUCCAUGCUAAAAGAUGUCCAGUGCAAGCAGGAGUCAAUGGCCAAAAGGUAUGUCCCCAGUCAGAGACACACUAUCCAGGUUGACUAUAUCAACUACAUGGAUGAGAUCGCAAGACUGUUGGGGGUUCGACCCAACAUCCCCAGGCUACUGCUGACCGAUCCCAGGGUGGGACUGAAUGUGCUGUUCGGUCCCAGUACUCCGUACCAGUAUCGUCUCAAAGGGCCGGGGAAAUGGGCUGGAGCCCGCCAAGCAAUCUUCACUCAGUGGGAGAGGGUGGCUAAACCCAUGCAGACCAGACCCUGUGAUGAUUCCCAAACCAAGAGAUCCUUCAUGUGGCCUCUGAUUCUGUCUGCUGCUGUGGUGGGCUUGGCUGCCUACAUCAACAGGAACAACCUUCCAUCUUACCUGCAAGACCCCACCGCUCUGUUGGACAAGAUGAAAGUUUACCUUCCUGCACAGUGAUGAGGAAAUCAUAAGUGUUCCAUCUGAGCACGUUUAACAAACCUUUAAGAUGUUUUUUUACAAUUUUUACACUGGUAUCCCCUCUCCUGAAAUGGACAAUAUACAAACAUUAAUUUGUUAAUUAUCCAGCUCACAAGUAGGGUUGGGUUUCGGUUGGGUUUUAUCCGAUACCGGUGCCUACUCGGUAUUUUUGAAACGGUUCCGUUUCAAAAAUAUAAGCAUUUCAAUUUACCUCACUAUUCACUCACUCAAUUCACAUGCAGCUUUCAUCGCACAUAUGCUUUCAACAGAUGACAUGGCUAUGUUAGCACAUACACUUUUUGUUAACCUUAUUCAACAAUAAAACAAAUGGAUUAACUAUCAUUA